AUGGCCUCAGUGCCCGACCCUUUAGCGCCUUUUGCUAAGAUAGGACCUUCUGUCUAUCUGCAGGAUCCAGCAGACUCGAUCAGCCAUGACAGUCAGCCGUUGAUUUUCAUUGCGUUCUGGAUGAACGCGCCGCCGCGUGCCCUCGCCAAGUACGUGGUUGAGUAUAGACGCAUGAUGCCUUCAUCUCGGAUUGUCUUCAUGCGCAGCUCAUCAAACGACUUUUUCUGGGGAUCGAAUGCACGCGCACAGCAAGCCAGAGUUGCACCGGCAGUGGAAGCACUCCGCACGUUGGCCCCUGAAAGUCCCGUGUUUAUGCAUCUAUUCUCGAACGGCGGACUGUCAAACACCACCAACCUGCUACAAGCAUACUUCAAAGCAACGGGAAAACCACUACCUAUCUCUUCAACGAUCAUCGAUAGUGCUCCGGGGACUGCGACUAUCGCAGCUGCCAUGAGAGCCUUCUCUUUUGCGCUUCCGCAGAUGUGGAUCCUGCGGUUGAUUAGCAAGAGUUUUUUAUGGCUCUCUUUGAUUCUGGUCAAGGUAGUUCAGACUAUCAGGAGAUCUCCUGGCCCUAUCGGCCUUGCUCGCAAGGUGAUUAAUGAUACCUCCUUGGUGAAGGCUGUCAACCCCAAGGGUGUGCCCACUCGCUGCUACAUAUAUUCGGACGCAGAUGAGCUGGUGGACUUUCAUGACGUGGAGAUGCAUGCAUCUGAGUCGGAAGCGUGCGGGUGGAUAGUGCACCGUGAACUAUUCAAGGGGACGCCCCACGUUGGCCAUAUGAGAGCUGAGCCGGAUCGAUAUUGGGGAAUCGUCAAGUCGUAUUUAGAACCCAGCCUUGAGGCAUGA